AUGCUGAGGAGGACGCUGCCGAGGCUGGCGUCGGUGAAGGACCGGGUGGCUGGCGCGGCCAAGAGGGCCGUGAAGGGCGACGAGCACUUCCCCGCGCUCAAGGGCCACCCGGCCGCGCGCGUCGACGCACGAGAGGCCGCGGAGAAGCAGGCCGGCCUCGCCGCGGGCGAGGAGGAGAAGAAGAGCGGCGGCAAGGCCGCGACGGUGAAGGAGUUCCAGAUAUACCGGUGGAACCCGGACGCGCAUGGCCGGCCGUUCCUGCAGUCCUACUUCGUCGACCUCGGCACGUGCGGCCCAAUGGUGCUGGACGUGCUCCAGAAGAUCAAGUCGGAGCACGACUCGACGCUGGCGUUCCGGCGGUCGUGCCGGGAGGGCAUCUGCGGCUCCUGCUCCAUGAACAUCGACGGGGUGAACACGGUGGCGUGCCUGAAGCCCAUCGACACCGACACGUCGACGGCGACGAUGAUUACGCCGCUGCCGCACAUGUACGUGGUGAAGGACCUCGUCGUCGACCUCACCAACUUCUACCAGCAGUACAAGUCGAUUGAGCCGUGGCUGAAGACGAAGCGUGGGGCGCCGGAGGGGCGGGAGCACGCGCAGUCACCGGGCGAGCGGCGGAAGCUGGACGGGCUGUACGAGUGCAUCCUCUGCGCGUGCUGCAGCACGGCUUGCCCGUCCUACUGGUGGAACUCCGAGGAUUUCCUUGGCCCGGCCGCGCUGCUCCACGCCUACCGCUGGGUCUCCGACAGCCGCGACGACUACGGGGAGGAGCGGAUCCAGGCGCUGUCGGAGGGGUGGGACAAGCUGUACAGGUGCAGGAUGAUCAAGAGCUGCACGGCGACGUGCCCCAAGAGCCUCGACCCGGCCACGGCCAUCUCCGCCUUGAAGACCAUGCACCAGCUCCGCAAGGCGUGA